AUGCCGACAACUUCCGAAGAAAACUCGAUUUUCGACUUCGAAGUCAGCGAGAAUGAGAUAGACAUGGCUAAGUCGGUUCCCAAGCUGAAGGGCCCGUCCAACUGGAGGGACUGGGAGGUAAUGAUGUUCAUGGUGCUUGGCACCAACAACCGUGUCUAUGUGCAGUUGAUUAGGGAUGAGAUCAAGAUGCCUCCCGCUCCUGUUUACGAAGAUCCCUCUCAUGACAGCGUCAAAGCCCUACUUUUCAAAGAAGCUGAGGGUGACAAAGAGAAGAAAGCCCUCAUUACGGAAGCCGCCAUCGAAACUCGCUCCAUCCAGAUUGUCACUUUCAAUUCAGAGCUGCGAAAGAACCACGCUGAUGGCGAAGAGAAGUGGGAAAGGGCUAACAACAGGGAUUUCCUACAGUUUGUAUCUACGCUCGGGCCUGAGGCUUUCUCUGCGGUCUCUCAUGUUACCAAUGUUCGUGAGGCCUAUCUUGAACUGAAAAACGUGUAUUGGAGCCCAUCGCACAUUGCUAUCUACCACCGGUUUAAGAAAUUUGUCAACCUCCGCUAUAAAAAAGGAGAUCCUGAGACCUUUAUGAUCCGGUUUAAGAACGCCCUUGGGGACUACACUGCUUUUGUUGGCAACAUGGCACCCAUGCAAGAGCUUUGCCACUUCAAGAGGGCAGUCCUCGGCAACCUUCGGUGUCGUUGGUUUAUUUUGAACCUCAGGAUCAAUGAAGAAGACCCCGAUUGGAUAGAUCAGGUCUACCACGAUUUUAUCGAGGCCGUGAGAUUGAACCAGAUGCUCUCAAAGUCCUGA